CAAUCCACCGAUGAGGGGCAGCAGAGGCUCAACACUGCUGUCAGCGAAGAAGAAACUGGAAGUGACGACACAUGGUUGUUGACAAAGCCAGCUAGCUUGUGCCAGUGCACAUGAUCUUUUGUUGACGUUUAAUUAAAGUUUUCAUUUAUAAUGACUUCACCUGAAGACAAGCACGGAACGAAGCGACCUGCGUCACCGAGUCAACAGGACGGCUCUACACAGUGGUCAUCAGCUGAUCUAGGAAGUGAUGAGAGGAAGCAAAAGUUUUUACGGUUGAUGGGCGCCGGGAAGAAAGAACACACGGGACGACUUGUCAUCGGCGACCACAAGUCCACAUCCCACUUCCGAAGUGGACAGGAAGACCAGAAGAUCAGCGAGCAGCUGGAGAUCCAGUACAAGCAGGGCAUGGAUGGGAAGCUGUCAGGACGGAACCGGAGACACUGUGGCCUCGGCUUCUCCGAGCCUGAGACGCAGCCGGAGCUUCUUCCCUCUCCACCAGUGGACAGUCAGGCAAAAGCAGCCGAGCCAGACGAGACCACCAGUGAAAAAGAAUCAACAAACAGCCCCGAGAACAGCGAUCCCCGUCCAGAAGAACAGACGCCCGAGCCCGGAUCAGACAGUAGCAACCAAGACAAGAAGCCCAACUAUAAAGCGGCCUUUGUGAAGUCCGCGUAGGCUGAGCAGGGCUUUAGUUUUUUUAAUCUCACAGUUUGUAUCUUUUGAAAUAGUUAACCUGUAGCUUCACACCUGUUUUCAGUCGUUUUACAGUACAGCUAUGAUUCGGAACACGAGCGCUCCUGCUGAUGCUUUGUUUGAGAUUCCAUCUCAAGGAUGCAGCUACUGCAUAUGCCCUGUGUUGCGUUGGAUGAACAUGAACGCUUGACGUACAGCAUGAUUGUUACACAUUGUGAAUUUUGUAAAUUCUUGUUUGAAUGCUAAUAAAAGGGACGUGUCAGUCCAAGAUUUGCUGUUUCUAACACCAGA